CGAAGUUUCGGAGGGGGUGGCGGGGUGGCAGGUGGACUAUAUGAGCCAUGUGGCCUGGAGGGGAGCCAGUCCUAGCGCAGAUCCCAGAGUCGAAGCAACUCCCGCCAUGGAAGGGACGAAGAGGACGCAAGAAGUCGCUGACUUCGAUGACCUGUUGCCCCACGUAGGAGAGUUCGGUAUAUACCAGAAGCUCCUCUUCCUUAUGAUGAUUCCCUUUACCUUUGCCGUCGCCUGCGUAUACUUUGUCCAGAUCUUCAUCACCCUCGUUCCGGAGAACCAUUGGUGCAGGAUACCAGAACUGGACCAUCUUCCUGUCGAACAGAGGUUGCAGCUGGGCAUUCCGUUGAAGGAUGACGGUAGUGGAUACGAGCAAUGCUCCAUGUACGUCGCUAACUGGACCGAAGUCUUGGCCUCCGGAGUCCUGGUACCGGACGCGACGUGGCCGAAGACGAGAUGUCAGAGCGGGUGGGAGUACGACUCAAACGAAAUGGCCUAUGAAACUAUAUCCACAGAGCUGGAGUGGGUGUGCGAGAAGUCUGCCCUGCCGACGGUGGCCCAGAGCUUGUUCUUCGUCGGCGCCAUCGCCGGAGGUCUGAUCUGGGGCUGGGUGGCCGACCGCUGGGGGAGGAUACCCGCCCUCAUCGGCUCCAACCUCAUAGGCUUCCUGGGCGGAGUCCUCACAGCAUUCUCCUCCUCCUUCUGGCUGUUCGCACUAUGCAGAUUCACCGUCGGGCUCGCCUUCGACAACUGCUUCACCAUGAUGUACAUCUUAGUUCUGGAGUACGUGGGACCGAAAUGGCGUACCUUCGUAGCCAACAUGAGCAUCGCCUUGUUCUUCACCCUGGCCGCCUGCCUCAUCCCCUGGGUGUCUCUCUGGGUCGCCAACUGGCGCUGGAUCUGUGUCGUCACUUCUCUACCUCUUCUGGCCUUCAUCAUCACUCCCUAUCUAGUGCCAGAGAGUGCCAGGUGGUUAGUCUCCCAGGGAAAAACAGAAAAGGCGAUACAUAUAAUGAAAAAAUUUGAAAAAAUCAACAAAACCAAAGUCGACCCCAAAAUUUACACCGAUUUCGCGGCUGCUUGCGAAAAAACCGUUGCAGAAGAAAAACAAGAAACCUAUUCAGUAUUGGACCUGUUCAAAACACCCCGUCUCAGGAAAAUCACUAUUCUAUUGAUUGUCAUAUGGAUGGCUGUGUCCUUGGUGUUCGACGGCCACGUGAGGUCGGUGCGCACCCUGGGCCUCGAUGUCUUCCUCACCUUCACCAUCACCUCGGCCACAGAGCUGCCGGCGGACACCCUCCUCACCCUGACCCUUGACAGGUGGGGCAGGAGGUGGCUGGCCUGCCUCUCCAUGCUAUUGGCUGGGAUCUUCAGCUGGGCCACCAUUAUGCUACCAUUAGGUGCGUAUUCGGCAGCAAUGGCCAUAUUGGGACGAUGCGCGGUCAACAUUUCCUACAACAUCGGAUUGCAGUACGCCGCCGAAGUACUUCCUACCGUGGUGAGGGCUCAGGGCGUUGCCUUGAUCCACAUCAUGGGAUACACAGCCAAUUUCGUCUCACCAUUCGUCAUAUAUCUGGAAACGGUCGAUAAGAAUCUUCCUUUCUUGGUGCUGGGUUGCAUCGGAGUCGUCGGUGGUCUCCUUUCCCUCUUCCUUCCGGAAACCAUGGACAGAGAACUACCACAAACUCUAAAGGAUGGAGAAGAGUUCGGAAAGAACGAUAGCAUCUUCGACUUGCCUUGUGUCAGGAAGACGGAGGACAACGUCGAGAGUGGCCAGACCUUCAGGCGCAGCGUAUCCUUGAGAGCUUCCAUCAGAGGGGAGACCCUCCGAUCCAGCAUGAUCAACAGGAGAUCCGUCAGGUCGACGAAAUGA